CUCCUCUCUCAACAACUUGUUAAAGAGUCCCACCACCACUACCACAAUCCCAAUGGCUUCACCAACUCAAACUCUCCUCCUCCUCCUCACCACCGUCUUCUUCUUCAUCUCCUCUUCCGCAGAUCCGGACAUGCUUCAAGAUCUCUGCGUUGCUGAUCUUCCCUCUGGAAUCAAAAUCAAUGGGUUCCCUUGUAAAGACGCAGCUACAGUCACAUCAGCUGAUUUCUUCUCACAAGGAUUAGCUAAUCCAGGUCUUACCAACAACACAUUCGGUGCCUUAGUCACUGGAGCUAACGUUAUGACAAUCCCAGGACUCAACACACUCGGUGUCUCUCUCUCUCGCAUCGACUACGCACCAGGAGGCUUAAACCCACCUCACACCCACCCUCGUGCCACUGAAAUCGUCUUUGUCUUAGAAGGAACACUUGACGUUGGGUUCCUCACUACGGCCAAUAAGCUCAUCUCUCAAUCUCUCAAGAAAGGAGAUGUCUUUGCUUUCCCUAAAGGACUUGUCCAUUUCCAGAAGAACAAUGGUCAUGUUCCUGCUUCUGUUAUUGCAGCUUUCAAUAGUCAGCUUCCUGGAACUCAAUCUCUUGGUGCUACUUUGUUUGGUUCUACUCCUCCUGUUCCUGACAACAUCUUGGCUCAAGCCUUUCAGACUUCUUCAGGAACUGUUAAACACAUCAAAUCCAAGUUCCAACCCAAGAAAUGAUCUCUUUAUAUUCAUUACAGUUCUGUUUUUUUCUCCUUUGAUUUGUCUUCUGUAAUAAAAAGGAACAAUAAGU